GCAUAUGAUAAUGAUGGUGUUUGAUCAAAGGACAUAACUUUUUUUUAGUAGAGUAGAGACAUGCACAGAAGUGUAUCUGCUUCUUGUUUCUUCUUUUCCCUCCUUUUCGUGUGUGAGAGAGUUCAGUGCCUCUCUCUGUUAACCUUCUAAGUUCUAACUUCACUUCAUGUCACCAUUUAUCAUGUUCCAAUUCUUCUUCUUCUUCUUCACCCUCCCUCCCUUUUUUGUUUCGGAAUUCUGAAAGGAUUUCUCUUUUCUUGGAUUAUACUCUUGGAGAAUUUUUGUUCAAGUUUGGAGACAAUGAUUGUGUGUUGACUGUCUUCCUUGGGUUUUUCUUUUCUUCACUUCACUACUUCAUAUUGCAGGGCUCUAGUGUGUGGAUGGGGCAAGAAUUGGAGUUGGAUCUGAAUGACAAGUCUUUCGUGGGUCUAAGUCCAGAUACUGUUCUUCCAUCUCAUCAAUAUUGUUUGAAUGUGAAGAAAAGAUAUAAAAAUGGAAAGCCCACUGGGAAAGAUGAUUUUUUGAAACUGAAAGAGAAUUUUGGUGAUAUCAAAUUUGAUAGAUUGCUCAAUUCUUCACGGAACAUCCUUCCCUGUAGAUCUCAUGGACUGGAAGGUAAUGUAGAAAUGAAACGAGGUUCCAUGUAUCAGAGGUCAGAGCAAGUAACAAAUAUAAAGAAAAUGGGCACCAUGAGGGGAAGGAAAAAAAUAGAAAUUUCAUCUAGGAGUAGUAGUGAUGCCUCUUUUUCAGGUAGUGUUGUUGAUUCUCUAUGUUGUUCAGAUGAUGAAAGUCUGGAUGAGAGACCUUCAGUAAUACCUCAGGACUCAAAUUUAGGUUCAUCUCCAUCUGUUUCUGGUUCCUGGAUUUGUAUGGAGCAUGACAAUUCCAAUGGCUAUAUUGAAUUUUGCAUUAAUUCAGAUGUUUCGGAUGAAAAAGAUGGUGCAGUAAAAGGGUUUGGUUCUAUAAAUACUGAGAUCAGAAAUGACAAGGUUGCUGGUUCACUAAUUGAUGGUAAUUGUCUUCUUCAGAAAGACACAGUUCAUGGAUUACAAAAAUCACUCUCUGCUAUGGUUGGAAUCUCUCACCUAGAAUCCCCAUCAGAGAGUGACUGCUCACCAAGAUCAAGUCCAAGAGUCUCACUCACCUCUAUCAGGAAAAGGUUAAAUCCAUUCACAAACUCAAAAUAUUUAACAAGUCCUGUGAGUUGUGUGCUGGAAACUACUGAGGUCAAAUUAACUGGGACUAGAAAUGGCACAAGAAACAGGACUUAUCAGAGAUCUUUGCUGAAUGACUUCUCUAACACGGGGAAGCAUUCCGAAAUUAUUUCUAAGUUUAUAAAUAGAGAUAUCCAGUUUUCAGGUCUAGCAUGUUCACCUGUUCAUCUUCAUGCCAACCUCAAGUUGAAAAAGCAACAAGGACAGCAAUUUUUUGAGUUUAAGGUAAAGUGUCCUGAAGAUGUCUUUGUCGCAAAGACAUGGAAAUCAGGCAAUGCUUUCAACUGGAUGUAUACCUUUCACUCAAUGGAUAGCAGGAACAAAAGUACUGCCACUGGCUUGGGAUCACAUUAUAGUGACAAAGACUCAUCAAUGGUAGCACAGAUGCUAGUUUCCUCUAAUUUUUGUUCCAAAUUAGAAGAUGGAGUGUUUGUCAACUCUAUGGUGACAACAUUUGUGUUGCAUGAUCUUACACACUCAAGAAAAAGUGUUUCACCCGAAAAAAGGUCUUGCAACGAGCACAAUUGCUCUAAAACUCUAAAUUCUUCCCGUGUAGGAAUGAAGGGAGAAACUUUCAGGCCAGAUGAAGAGUCUUUGGCAUCUAAAAACAAGCUUCCAUCAGGCAAUACAGAUUUUGAUAAUUCAAAUUCUUAUCCUUUUUCAUCCACAGAAUUGCAUUCAAACCCUGAAAUUGCUGCCAUUGUUUUACAAAUUCCAUUUCACAAGAGAGAGAGCUUGAAAUACGAAAGAAGGGGCAGAAUAAAUGCUGAAGCAUGUUCCAAACUAAGUGAACUCUCUUCAGCAGUAGAAAAAGUGAAGGUGGUACUACCAACUGGCAACCAUGGUUUUCCAAGUGCUGAAAUUCAGGGUCCCUCAUCAUUACUAAAUAGAUGGAAACAUGGUGGAGGUUGUGAUUGUGGUGGCUGGGACAUGGCCUGUCCCCUUAUUCUUUUAGGCAAUCCCAGUGUUCAAUUUACUGAAGAUCGACCUCUUAUGGAAGAAUGUCAAACACUGGAACUUUUCACUCAGGGUGCCAAGGAGAGAACUCCAACCUUUGGCAUGACAAUGGUUGAAGAGGGGCAAUAUGCAGUUGAUUUCCAUGCACAAUUAUCCCCAUUACAAGCAUUCUCCAUUUGUGUGGCCAUUUUACAUGGUGCGGGGCAGGAGAAAAAACAACAGAUAUCUCGACGCAAUUCAUUGAAAAUGCUUCUUGAGGAGGAGUAUCUGUGCAGCUAUACUCACCACUUGGACCAGCUGUUGACAUAGCUGAAGUAUUUCUUUGGAUGAUGGCAGUUCUUACUAUAUUGUAUGCAUCAUAUUGAUCUGCUUGGACUGCCAGAGAACCAGCUAUGAACAGGAUAAGCUACUAAAGGGCUUGCAAACUUGCCUGGUUGCUCUUUUGUACAGAACUUGCAUACACAAUGGAAGUAAAUGAAAAAUGUGAUGUGUAUAAGUCUGCGGUAUUAGCAUUGGAAAUAUUUUUUGGAGAGCAUCCCAGAGAUUUUAUAACUUCAUUGUCAACAUCAUCAAAUGUCAUGAAUUCAGCACUUGAUAUUCCUUCAUUGAUGAAUAAGAUAGACCAACGUCUUCCUUAUUCCACUGAAUCUAUUUCUAAGGAGAUAACUUUGACAGUAAGGAUAGCAAAUGCUUGUUUGAAUGAAAGCCCUCAUUCUCACCCUAUCAUGGAGCAAUUUACCAAGGAGCUUGCUUUGUCAAAGUAAUCUUCGAUGUAUUAAUUUCACGUCUUGAUGUAUAGAUAUUUGAAAAUUUGAAUUUAUCAAAUAUGCAACGAGUUCUACUUUUUUCCCCCAACUUUCCUUUGUAAUUUUUUCACCUAUUUUAUAUUGUAAGUCAUUUAAUUUU